GAGAGCGUUGCUGUUUACAGCCCAGAGCCGAGCGAGCUGACCGGGACCUGCUCCGCUGCCCAACGCAACGUUUCCUCCCGCAAAGAACCCCCCUGGCUAGGUAUUCUUUGGAGAUGUCAAAGGUUUGUGCCAUUUUUGGAGGAUCUCGGGGAAUUGGACAGGCUACUGCACAACUGCUAGCACAAAAAGGAUAUCGUCUAGCUGUUGUUGCAAGAAAUCUGGACAUAGCUCAAACCACUGCAAAAAACCUGGGAGCAGGUCAUCUAGCAUUUAGUUGUGAUGUUUCCAAACAAGAAGAUGUUGAAAAUACAUUUAGCCAAAUGGAGAAGAGUUUAGGACAUAUCAACUACCUGGUUAACGCUGCAGGUAUCAACAGGGAUGGCUUGUUGUUGCGAACCAAGGUUGAUGAAAUGGUAUCCCAGCUUCAUACCAAUCUUUUGGGAACAAUGUUGACCUGCAAACUUGCUGUGAAGAGUAUGAUUCAACAGCAGGGUGGUGCUAUUGUUAAUGUAGGAAGUAUUGUUGGACUGAAGGGCAAUUCUGGUCAGUCUGUGUACAGUGCCAGCAAAGCUGGACUAGUUGGAUUUUCACGCUCUCUUGCUAAAGAGGUAGCGAGAAAGAACAUUCGAGUCAACGUGAUUGCUCCUGGCUUCGUUCAUACGGAUAUGACAACUCAUUUGAAAGAAGAUCAGUUGAGAAAGACUAUUCCUCUUGGAAGAUUUGGGGAGCCUCAAGAAAUUGCCAAAGCAGUUGUGUUUCUUCUAGAGUCUCCUUACAUGACAGGGCAUGUUCUGGUUGUAGAUGGAGUAACGGUGUCAACGAUGACUGUGUGUCUUUCCUCCCUCCUCUGCUUAGGCCAGCAUCUCAUGUUUCCAGCUGUGGCUCUCUGGGAACUGCUGAGCAAGUCGGUUAUGAAAUGGAUGUGUUCUUCCCCCCAAUAUAAAACACAAAGAAAAGAAAAGACAACAUCAUUUGUUGUGGCAGAAACUUUCCAGUGCCCGAUGAAAUCAUGUGUCUGAUGGACUCUGGGCUAUAAAAGGAAAGUCAUUGGCAGGUGGUUCCCACCUUCUAAGAGCUGCCACGGGAGGAACAGACAUUGUGGAAGAAAUUGACACGAAUGGAAAGAGAUUCGCUAACUACACUCUGGAGCUCACAGACUGGAUCCCCUUGGAUCCUUCUCUGCCGAUGGAUUGUGGAAACUGUGGGCAAAACAAGGAAUAAACGCAGCCUCUGCUGGAGCUUGCAGCUUGGUACCAUUUGGCAGCAUUCUCCCACUGUCAUGAGCUGGGCUUGCCCAAGCUGAUAGUCCAAGCACUAACACAAAGCCAAAGGAGCAUUCAAGAUUCAAAAGCCAGGUCCAGUCCAUUGUCGGGGCACAAGGUAAACGCCAGGGGUGUGUCCAGAGUCCAAAAGCCAAGUCAAGUCCAGUCCGUAGGUCAAAGCACGAGAGUGUCAAGUCAAGGUGCAGGCAAGAACAAGAUGCAAGGUCCAAGGACAUGGUUGCGGGUAAUCGACACGUUGCUUCCAUGCCUGGCAGUUUCUCCAGACUGGCUUUUAUAGCCAGCCGUGGUUUUCGGCCAGCUGCUUGGGGCUCCAUCCUGACGUCACUCAUCAUCGCUCUCCAGCAGCUGGCGUUGACUCAGGAGACAAGCACUGCACCGUCUCUCCUGCAGUUCCAAUCUCUGGCGUUGUCUGUGGUGCCAAGUGGCGCGGAGGGCAAUCUAAACUCCCCUCUGCCUGGAGAUCGGGGCGGGGCCACAGGCCAUGUGACCAUUUUCGCCAAGGGCAAUUUAAAUGGUGAAAAACCUCCCCCCCUUGUUCCAGCUGACCCAAAGUGACGUCAUUGAGCAGUCCUGAGUUCCACCACCUCUUUUCCCAGAAAAAAAGCCCUGUGUACUUGUGUCCUCAGCUUGCUGUAAGCUGCACAUCACGAAGGAGCAUUUGCAGUACUCAUUAACUAUCCCCUGGGCUAAUUAAAUUAUUAAAAGGAGAUAAUUUUCUAAACAAUUCAAAGGCCAUUAUUAAGUACUUUUUAAUUGACUGUCUCCUCUGGGUGUGUGUGUGUCUGGGGAGACUCAUCGACUGCAAUUAUUUUCUGGCGUGAAAUGAAACCUUCCCUUAUUUGUAGCAAAAGAUCAAUAUGGAUGUUUAAAAUGAAUUUUGGGCUUAAUGGAUUUGGCUUAUGUCAUUGUGUGUCAUACUCAUGAUAUGUAAACAAAUUGAUUUUCCCAGGAUAGCAGAAACCAGCCAUGAA